AUGGAAGCACCUAUACCUAUAGACGCUUUGCCUGAAAGCUUGAUUCUUGAAUGUCUUGCUCGUCUGGACCUCAAGGAUAUACCUGUUGCAUCGAGAGUCUGUCAUAAAUGGCUUCAUCUUAUUGAAUCUCGUCAUUUUUACACCCUCAGGAAACAACUGGGAUUUUCGAAUCAGGUGGCUUGCUUGCUCCAGCAGUCUCCUCCGCCAACAUUCACUAAUCUCAAAUACGCAAUCAACCAGUUUGACCCAAUGAAUCGGGAGUGGAACCGACUUCCUCCGAUCCCUAAUUUCACAAAGGAGCUUCCUUGGUCGACUUCGAUUGCUCCCUCAGAAGGGAAACUCGUCGUGAUUAGCGAGUGUGAUCCGGAGAGUCGUGACCCGGUGAAGUCCGUGUUCGUGUUGGAUUUUGCAACUCAGCGGUGGAGGAAAGGCAAUGGCAUGCCUUCAAUCAGAAGUUCGAAGUUUUCCACCGCGGCUUCCAAAUGCCAUCGGAUAUUCAUAAGUGGUGAUGUCGGCCGGGAAGAGGGUGCGGUUUGGGAGUAUGAUGCGUGGAAGGACGAGUGGACCGUGUUGCAUCGGGUGAGAGGCGGGCAGAUCAUAGGGAUGAAGAUAAUUGGAGAGGAAUUGUGGGUUAUCAUCGGAUGCAGAGGCAUAAAAAACAUGAGAAUGUUUAAAGGAAAUGGUGCAGAUGUGUACCAUCUUCAAACUAAGGAAUGGAGACAAGUUGAAUUGGCUAGUGGAGGAGUUAAUGAGGUGUUGUGUCCCCGCACUGACUUUGAAUUGUACGAGUUGAUGAAAAAUUUGUCGGAGAAUAACUUCAAGGUCUUGGAAAACUGUUUUCGACUCCAAUUGGGUAAGCAAUGUUUACUAAUGGCCCCCUUUGUCACCCUCACGGAUGGUUAUGGUCGGGAGGAAUUAUUUUAUAUGCAGGGUGAAGAUGGUAAUUUUGAAAAAAUGGAGCCCUCUAGUUCUGAGUUUUCUGGAUAUGUGGGAUCAUGUUGCUGUGUGGAACUCUAG